AGGCAGCCGGGGCACGUACAGCUCUCAGAGAGCAGCCGGUGCCUGAGUCUCGGCACCCUGAAGGAGGUCUGGGAUCAGGGUUCGCCUUGCUGUGUCCCCGAUUUCCAUAGCACAGUGUCUUCUGGGAAAGCCUGUCGUGGAAAGCCUGAAAUUUCACAGAAUCACACAAUUUUUAAGGUUGGAAGAGACCUCUGGAGGUCAUCCAGUCCAACCCCCUGCCAAGGCAGGGUCACCUAGAGCAGGUUCACAUCUUCUGCUUCGAGACAGAAGUGAACUAAAUGGAAAAGUUACCAAAACACAUUCCCACUCAUCCUAUGCACGGCCACCAGGACGAGAUGCUAACAGAGCACCUCCACAACCACGCAGUUAAUUUACCAAGGCGCGGGACUGUAAUCCAGCUCGUUACUGGAAGCACUUCCUUCCCUUUCGCCGAGCGGUGACCGAGCUCCUCCCCCUGCGCGGAGCGGGGCCGGCGGCGGCGGCGAUGGAGCCGGCGCUGGGCCCGGAGUUCGAGGACUCCCUGUUCGCGCCGAGCCGGGAGCGGCGGGAGGGCGGCGGGGACGGCGCUCCGUGCGGAGCCAGGCACUGCGAGCCCCGCUGGUUCCACAGCGCGGCUGACGCGGGGGAAAGCGCCGGCGGGAUCACGAGCAGCAAGUUCCGGGCGGACUGGGCGUUCCGGCAGCGGGACUUCGAGAAAGCCCUGUGUGAAUACUCAGACUGCCUGCUGCUCUUACCUGCCAGCAACAUUGCAAUGAGGCGUGAUGUCCAGGAGGGCCAGGCUCGGUGUUUAUCUCGCCUGGGAAGGCACAAGGAGGCUCUGGAUAUUGCAGAAAAAAUGAGAAACAGCGCCACUAACACAGAUCACUUAACGACGGUUCUCAACCUGCAGUUUUCCAUUUACCAGGGUCUGGAAAAUGUAGAAAAAAAGAUGAUGUGUCUGCAGCAACUGAUCUGCUUACAUCCUUUUAAUCCCUGGUUCUGGAAGUUACUUGCUGAAGUUUAUAUGAGCCUUCUACAGAAUUUGUCUCCAUUGGUCAUUCCAGAAGCAAAUCUAAGUCAGUCUGAAGAGCUUUGUGUAAGUAAUAGUAGUUUCAAAACAUCGACUGGCAGAGAGAUUAAUCUGCAGCCUCACAGAUCAGAGGGCCAGAAGGAAGGCCCUUGGUUCAGCCCCGCUGCAGAAACAAAGGGGGAGAAUGCAGUGACUUGUCCCAGCAACCACGUAGUGAAAGAAUUCCUCUGCACUUCAGGAGAACUGGAAUGGACAGGCAAGGAGAAAUGUGCAGACUCCAAGGCCUGGAAGCAGAACAUGUUAAAGAAAGUUGGGAUAAAAGCAUGUGCCUCGUUUAUUAGAGCAAGGCUUUUACUUCAGCUUACCCAGUCACAACAGUUGUCCUUUGUGCUAGAGAAGAACAGAAAAUGUCAGAAAGAAAUUGAUGACAAAGUGGCUCUGCUUGGUUUCGAUGAAAACUCCUUGCUGUUGAUGGCCAAAGCUAUGGGGCAGGAUCUUAUACCAGAAAAACUAAAAGAGGAGUUUCAGGGUGAGGUAAAAUGCAUAGGCCCUUCAGCACUGUCAUCACUGGUAACUGCUUCAGUCGUGGAAUUUGAAAUAAAAUGGUUUGGUAAUCUCCAAAAUGAUUUAUGUCACUUUGAUGGACAAUUUUAUUCAAACAUUUAUCUCCCACCUUCAGUAACAUAGACAUUUUGUUGUAUUUAUUCUUGUAUCUCCAAAUGAUUACGGCAUGAUACAUGCAAUAAAGUUCAUUUUACUU